AUGGAAAAGUUUCUGAAAAGAAGAUCUCCACCAUCUAAUAUUGAAUUGGAUGAUUUAUCACAUGAUCCAGCAAAGCGAAAAAACAUUCAAGAGUCAAACACAAUGGAACAGUUUCUGAAACGAAGAUCUCCACCAUCUAAUAUUGAAUUGGAUGAUUUACCACAUGAUCUAGCAAAGCAAAAAAACAUUCAAGAUUAUCAUCCUGAUCAAAGAGAUGAGUAUCCUGAUUGGUUAGAGUAUAGCAUGUCAGAAGAAAAGGCUUUUUGCCUAUUUUGUUACUUAUUCAGAGUUCAAGUUGGAAAACAAAGUGGGUGUGAUGCUUUUGUAUCGACGGGUUUUUCUAGCUGGAAUAAGGCUGAUAGCUUCAGUAAACUUGUGUGUGAUCAUACUAGUUUUCACAGCAAUGCCAAAAAUAAAUGUGAAGAUUUGAUGAGACAAGGCUUAUCUUUUCGUGCUCAUAAUGAGAAAGAAGUCUCAACAAACAAAGGUAAUUUCAUAGAGCUUCUGAAAUUGAGUUUAAAAAAGGUUAGAGGACAAGGUUAUGAUGGAGCUAUUGGUGCUUCUUGCAAAAGAAAAGUAGUUCUCACUGAAAGUAAUCGCAAAAGAAUGGAUGAAGGGAUCAAGAAUGGUGAAAUAAAGAGUGGAACUGGGCUGAAUCAAGACCGAUCACUUGAAAACCCUGGAAAUACGCGUUGGGGUUCACAUUAUAAGACAUUAUUACGCCUUGUUGAGAUGUUUCCGUGUAUUGUUGAAUUUAAUGAUCGCUUUGACGAGAUGAAUUCUAAGCUACUUGUUUGUAUGGCAUCCUUAAGUCCGAUAGAUUCUUUUCGUCAAUUUGACAAGUCAAAGUUGGUGAGAUUGGCUGAGCUUUAUCCAGAUGACUUUAGUUUUGUAGAGCGGAGAUCACUUGAUCAUCAACUUGACAUCUACCUUGAUAAUGUGCAAAAGGAUGAUAGGUUUACUAACAUAGUAAGUCUUGGUGAUCUUGCUCGUGUAUUGGUGGAGACAAGGAAACAUCUUUCUCAUCCUUUGGUCUAUCGUCUUUUGAAGCUAUGUUUGAUUCUUUCUGUUGCAAUCGCAACCGUCGAAAGGUGUUUUUCUGCAAUGAAAAUUGUGAAGAUAAUCUCGCAUAAUAGCAUUGUGAUGAGUUUUUAA